AUGGUAGAUAUUCCAAGAAUGGAGGACUAUGAGGUCUUCCCAAAUACAGGGUUUUUGCCCUCGGAGUUUCCUUUAGUUAAGUUACCACAAGAAUAUUAUCAGCCAUGGGAAAUAUUAGUAAAUAACUUGCCAUCAUUAAUAUUGACUAAAAAAAUAAGGUGGCACAUAGACACAAAUUUACCUAUAUUAUCUACAGAUAAACUCAAAGACAUUCCAGAGUAUAGAAGAGCUUAUCAAGUGUUAGGAUUCUUAGCGCACGCUUAUAUAUGGGGAACUGACAAACCAACUAACAAGCUUCCGGAACAGAUUGCCAAGCCUUUACUUGAAGUAUCAGAAUAUUUGAGAUUGCCACCUAUAGCGACAUACGCUGGAUUAUGUUUAUGGAAUUUCAAGCAAAUAAUGCCUAGUGAUAAAGAAGGCGAAAAAUGGGACUUGGAUAAUUUGACAACGAUAAACACCUUUACCGGAUCCAUAGAUGAAAGUUGGUUUUAUUUGGUCAGUGUUUACUUUGAGUACAAGGGAUCGUUUGCCAUAAAGGCCGGUUUGGAUGCCCUCGGCCAUGCGCGUGAUGGAGAUACUAAGAAGUUAACGGAGAGCUUACAAAGUAUGGCCCAAGCCAUAGACAGCUUAGGGUCAGUGUUGAUGAGAAUGGAAGAGAUGUGCGAUCCACAUGUAUUCUAUUUUAGAAUAAGGCCUUAUUUAGCAGGGUGGAAGAACAUGGGUGACGUAGGUUUAGACAAAGAUGGAGUGAUUUAUGGAAGUGAAACCAAACCAAGAUCAUACGCUGGAGGUUCGAACGCACAGUCGUCAUUAAUUCAAUUUUUCGAUAUUUUAUUGGGAAUUAAGCAUUAUCCGACCGGCGGAAGACCAGUUCCACAUGCAACAACAGCACCAAAGGAUGGUGAAAACAAUUUCAUGAAUGAGAUGCGUUCCUACAUGCCUGGUGGCCAUCAAGAUUUUUUGAUGAAGAUUCAAGAAAUAACAAAUAUCAGAGAAUACGUUCUAGGCAGGUAUGAUUCUAACCCAGAAUUAACCUUAAGUUACGAUGCAUGCUUGGCGAUGUUGAAGCUGUUCAGAGAUAAACAUAUUCAAAUUGUCACCAGAUACAUAGUUUUGCAAUCAAAGCAGGCAUCUAAAAUGGGUUCUACUUCCACUUUAAGGUCCGGUUUGGCAAAAUCCAAGAGCAAAAGUGGAGAAGAAAGAGGUACUGGUGGAACCGCGUUAUUGCCAUUCUUAAAGCAAUGCAGAGAUGAAACUGGUGAUCCUGCUGCUGGUAGUUGGGGUAAAAGAAUCCUUAGUGAUGGUGUGAUGAGAUUAAAGUAUUCAAAAUCGAAUGGUAUAAAUGAGGAUUAA